ACUGGACAUUUCUCGCUCAAAGUAUUGUUCAUGGAGCAAUGGCAGAUUACACUGGCCAUACAAGUGGACUUGUCAAUAGAAUCAAUGAGAACCGGAAUCAUGUAGUAGUAACUGAUAGAAUGUGGGCUAGGCUGUUAUCUUCGACGAAUCAACCCAGCUUUUUGGGCAACAAGUGCUACAAUGAAGAUAACAUCGAAGAAGAAGACCCAUUAAACCAGCUGCUACAUGGAGAAUUUUCAGAUGACACCUUGAUUAAGAAAGAAAUUAGCAGCAUUUAACAAUAUGCUUCCUAAAUG